AUGAAGCGAGCUCGGGAAGCUUCAGAGGAGGUUGCAAGCUCAGAUAGCUGCUCUAGAUCUGCCCACUCCUUGGCGAAACCGUUUGUAUGCAGCCAUGAUGGAUGUGACAAACGCUACAAUAAGCGCGCCAAGCUUGCCGACCAUCAACGAACGCAUACAGGCGAACGACCCUUCAGUUGCGAUGCAGUUGGAUGCAACAAGUCAUUCUAUCGAAAGGCACACCUGCAGGCGCAUGCGCGGUCGCAUCUGCCGAAAGAAGAGCGGCCUUUUGAGUGUCCGCGGGAGGACUGUCAGAAACGCUUCACAACCAAUCAACAUCUUCGUCAGCAUGCUGAGCUACAUCUGCGUCCGUCUCUCUACAGGUGUGGGCACUGUGAGCAGUCUUUUCACAAGCAUCAUCAAUUGAAGCGCCACGUUGGAGAGGUGCACCUACAAACAAAAUCUUGGCCAUGCCUGAUCUCAGGUUGUGGCAUGUCUUUCCACUACGAGUCGAUCCUGAUCAAGCAUGCCAAGCGUGUUCACAACCCAGACAAGCGUUACGCUUGUGGCACAGAUGGGUGCGAUGAGGUCUUCGGCAAGUGGUCUUUACUACAGAAGCACGUCAACCACGAGCACAAGCUCGUGUGUAGUAUUUGCAAGAAGCAGUUCACAGAUCAUCAAGCGUGGAAGUUACAUUGCGAGACGCAUGAACUUCCGCUAGAGGAGCGAAGGAAGUUUGCGUGUCAUGUGCACGGCUGUUCCAAGCGUUUCACAAAAGCUCAUGCUCGCAAGAGGCAUAUCGAAGUGGCCCACGAAAAUGCUCGACAUUUUGCUUGCGACCAGUGCAGCAAUCAAUUUGCGCACAAAAAGACAUUGGAAGCCCACGUUGAACGCCAGCAUUCUGGUAUGAUCAUUGCUCAACCAAAAAAGCGUCAAAAGAAAGUCAUUUCGAUCGUGAGCCAGCUCACUGGACUUCACUAUGAAUUAGGUCGUCACCUUCCCUGCCCGCAUGCUGCAUGCCAGUAUCGAUUCUCAAGAAACUACGACUUGGACAGGCACCUCUCCAGCUAUCACGCUACUGUACCUGCCACACAAGCACCCGAUAUCACGACUUGA